CUUUCGAUCCAUGAAAACAUAUAUACUUUGAAUCAGAAUAUCAAUAUGGUCUUCGAGAAAUUUCAGGAUGUCGAGCUUCCGGCUUCUUUCGAUGCCCAUGUCCACCUCCGAGAUGGGGCGAUGUCUAACCUCGUUGUGCCCACUAUCAGACAGGGAGGGGUAAACACGGUCUAUGUUAUGCCCAAUCUCGUCCCACCCAUCACCACAGUCCAACAAGCCCUUGACUACCGAGCUCGUCUGCAAGCUCUGGAGCCAAACGUAAUAUACCUCAUGUCGCUUUACCUCCACGAAAGCAUCACCCCCAAUGUGAUCAAAGCGGCUAAGAAAGCCGGCAUAACGGGCGUCAAGUCCUACCCUGCCGGCGUCACAACUAACUCCUCCUCCGGCGUCGUCGACUACACCCUCUUCUACCCCGUCUUCGCCGAGCUCGAAGCCCAAAACAUGAUCCUCAACCUGCACGGCGAAUCGCCAUCGGGCGACGACAUCACCGUCCUCAACGCCGAAGCCGGCUUCCUGCCCACCCUGCGCGAGCUGCACGCCCGCUUCCCCCGCCUCCGCAUCAUCCUCGAGCACUGCACCACCGCCGCCGCCAUCGCCACCGUCCUCGCCCUCGGCCCCACCGUCGCCGGCACCCUCACCGCCCACCACCUCUACAUCACCGUCGACGACUGGGCCGGCGACCCCUUCUGCUUCUGCAAGCCUGUCGCGAAAACCCCCGCGGAUAGGGACGCGCUGCUGCGCGCCGCGGCGUCGGGGAACCCGAAGUUCUUUCUGGGGACGGAUAGCGCGCCGCACCCUGCGACGGCGAAGAGAGGCGGGGAUCGAAUUGCGGCGGGGGUGUUUACGCAGCCGUAUGCAACGCAGCUGGUGCUGGGGGCGUUGGAGGAGGGGGUGGAGAGAGGGGUGGUGAAAGAGGGGGAGGUGACGAUGGAAGUGUUGGAGGGGUUUUUGAGUGGGUUUGGGAGGAGGUUUUAUGGGGUUGAGGAUAAGACGGGCGAGACGAUUGUGCUGAGGAAGGGGGGCGAGGAGGUCAUAGGGUUGUUGACUAAGGAGGGGCUGGAGGUUGAGGUGGUGCCGUUUCGGAGGGGGGAGAAAUGCUGGAGUGUGGAGUGGAAAGGGUGAAGUUGUGAGUCGGUUUUGGAAGCUGAGAGAUGCAUGGAUGGGAGCCAGUCCGACAUUCGGAUCAUCGAAUCAACUUGAUAGCAUAUUGGCCCUGAUUUAAGCCAUGUUGCUUUUGAAGUCCUGUUUGACACGCUAAAUUAGGCUACGAAAAAUAGGUUGCCGUAUGAUAGAUGAAAACUUUUGAACGGGAGCCAGACCAGUGGUACGACCCCAAGUCAAGGAGGUUCAGAAAGUCUUCUCACUUACGUUAGCCGAGUGAUAUCAAUUACUUAACGAUGC